UGCCUUGCUCUGGGGCUUAGCUGUCGGGCUAAGGUUCUAUAUGCAACAGUGUGUCCCUGGGGUGGCAACUCUCGGGCUGGGCUGGGAGUCAGUGCGUCGGGGAGCGGGGCAGCGGACGCGGGCUUGGGAGCCUGGCGGGGCGAGCUCAGCGCGGGUGUCCGUCUCUGCUGCGUUAGCCCGGGCUGAAGCCGCGCCCGGCUGAGGCUGAAGAUGUCCGGGCACUUCUCUGACACAAGCAGCAAGAAAGAAAAUGUUAAAAUCACAAGUGAGCCCAAGCCAGGGUUUCUGGAGAGACUCAGUGACACUGCUGGAGGGAUGCUAAUUGGACUUGCGGCAUUUUCUCUCUCUUUCUACCUUCUUUUUACCAAUGAGGGACGAGCUUUGAAGACAGCCACUUCCCUUGAUGAGGGGCUUUCUCUCGUGGUCCCUCUUGACAAUAUUCACAGCGUGUCUCAGCAGAAUGAGGGAAAACUAGUGCACUUGUCAGGUGCCCUUAGAACAUCAAAGCCUUUGUUCGAUCCCAGCUAUGGGCUCUCCAUCCAAGCUGUCAAACUGAAACGUCAGGUGGAAAUGUAUCAAUGGGUAGAAUAUGAAGACUCCAAAGAAUAUGAGGAGAAUGGCGAAGUUAAGAAAGAAACAAGAUAUUCGUAUAACACUGAAUGGAAAUCAGAAGUUGUGAACAGCAGAAACUUUGAUCGAGAGAUUGGCCAUAAAAACCCCAGUGCCAUGGCUGUGGAAUCUUUCACAGCAAUUGCUCCUGAUGUCCAAGUGGGCAGUUUCUUUCUUUCAAAAGGUCUUAUUGAGAAAAUUGACAGUUUUAAGCAGAUGAGCUUGUCGAAAUUGGAGGAUCCGCAUGCUGACAUUACUCGAAGAGGAGAUUACUUUUAUCACAGCGAGAAUCCCGGGCGUCCAGAAGUGGGAGAUCUUCGUGUUUCAUUCUUCUAUGCGGGUCUGAGUGGAGACAAGUCCCACCGUGGCCCAGCAGAUGUGGUGACCGUGAUUGCUCGUCAGCGAGGGGACCAGUUGGUUUCAUACCAAACCAAGACUGGAGACGUUCUGCAGAUUCUUUAUCCUGGCGAUCUCUCUGCUGAGGAGGUGUUUCAAAAAGAGCAUGAAAGUAACACCAUGAAGACCUGGGGUCUCCGUGCAGCUGGCUGGCUGGCGAUGUUUGUAGGCAUCAACCUUAUGACCAGAAUCCUUUACACACUGGUGGAUUGGUUUCCUGUUGUUCGAGAUCUGGUUAAUAUUGGACUUAAAGCUUUUGCUUUUUGUAUAGCCACCUCACUCUCCCUGCUAACUAUUUCUGUGGGAUGGCUCUUCUACCGCCCACUAUGGGCUCUACUGAUUGGGUUGCUGUCUGCCGUUCCUAUUGUGAUUGCAAAAUCCCGGGUUCCGCCAAAGAAGCAUCAAUGAAGAUGGAAGAAUUCCUUUUUUUCCUUUGCACUUGGACCCUGUUUUUUUUUUUAAUCCUUUGAAGCCCAGUGCAUUUAUCAUGUUUCAAGCUAUUACGACAUGCUUAAGGCACAUUACAGUUCAGAAUCUUGACUCCCUGCACCAGAGAAUCCAGUAGGAGACCGAGAUUCAAUUUUUUUAUGCUUAUUAUACAUCCAUGGGAAAAUGUAACUGUAGAACCCGCAGUUUGGAGUGGGUGAUAUUCUGUGUAUUUAGAGGAGGAAGCAGCAUUUGUUACUUAACUAUUUUGCCAAUCCUUACUUAUUAAAAGAACAACGGUGUGUGCUGUUUACAGGGGAAUAUGGACAGAUUUAAUUAU